UUUCUACAGACUAGCUGAAGAGCCUGGGAGCUGAACAGCUAUAUUCCAGGGCACUUCCACAUCGAUGAGAGUAAAGCCAAGCCACCAAGCCGUCAGCAUGUCCACCUCCCUGCGUGUCAGCCCCUCCAUCCAUGGAUAUCACUUUGACACAGCCUCUCGCAAGAAAGCCGUGGGCAACAUCUUUGAAAACAUAGACCAAGAGUCCCUGCAGAGGCUCUUCAAAAACUCUGGAGACAAGAAAGCAGAGGAAAGAGCCAGGAUCAUUUUUGCCAUUGAUCAAGACCUGGAGGAGAAAACACGAGCUCUGAUGGCCCUGAAGAAGAGAACCAAAGACAAACUUUUCCAAUUUCUAAGACUGCGGAAAUAUUCCAUCAAAGUUCACUGAGAACAAGUGGAUGGAUAAGGACAUUAUCCAAGAACUGACAUUUAAAGACCAAGUGAGUUUGUGAGAUCCUAAUACAUGCAGUAUGUUGUUGCCUUCUUGCAAACUUUUCUCUUCUGUCAGGAUUCCAAACUCCAGAGGCUGGAAAGGAACAGAACAAACUGGUUACAGAAAUUCCAACCACUUUCAUGCCUGUGCAGUUAUAGUGGAGAACAGAAGUGCUUUCAGUAUAGUUUGGAAAACUCUUCCUAUGAGGAAAAGACUGAUGCUGAUAUCAAGACGAGAGUCUGGACAGACUUAAAGAGACUGAAACUGAAGAUGACAGGUGGCUGGGAAAGCAUUGCAAUCAGGGUUACUGUGUAAAGCCCUAGAAUUUAAAUUCAACCUGAACUUUUUUUUUUCCUUAACCAGACUGGAUAGUGGGAGGGAGAAUAGAGAAGGGGAAAAAAUAUCAUGCUAAAACUGUUUACUGAGGGAUUUUUUUUUUUAUCUGAAUGUUCAAAGGUUGCCAAGAAUCAAUGUUUUUCUACUGUUAGAGAUUUUUACAAGAUCGGUAAUUGAUAAAUUAUUUGUGUUUAGUACAUUGCCUAAGAAAGUGCGCCACAUGAGUGUAAAUAUAAAUUCAAGGAACUGAAAUAACUUCAGUAGCUCAGUAAAACUGAAUGUCCCUUUUUGGUUUGUAAAUGUUUUUUAUGCAUUUCAAACUGGUUGCACAAAUGUUAACAUAUUGGGGUGGGAUUCUACAGAAAUCCAAAGUACUGUGAAUAAAAACACAUUUUUUUUAUAUUCCAACUAAUGCUAAAAUAUAAACUAACUAGAUUUGAAAGAAUACUAUAAGAAGCAUUAGAAGGUGAAUACUAGAGACUAGUUUAUGACGAUACUGUGGUUUCUAUAAUUUAUUAUACAUGACAAAUGAUAUGCAACCAUAAUAAAUUAUUAUAAACUUA